GCAGAGUAGUGGAAGGUGGGGGCCGUUGAAUUUGUUGUCGAUGUCAUUGCCCCAAGUGUCAUGUUCAUGGAGUCUACUCCCACCACGCAACGUCAUAAAGCACCAGUACCAACUAUUCUUCUUGGCUGCUUUUCAUUUCUCUGUUUGAUUCUUCUUCUUCUUCCUCCUCCUAUCUCCUCUGCUGUUUCUUUCACUUUCCACAGUCUCUAAUCGCGGCCACCUAGAUUUUCCUUCUUAAAAAAACAGUCAAUCUUUAUUUUUGGGUUUCUCUUUUUGGUCGGUGUAUCACGUCAAAAAGAUAUUUUUUUUUUAACAGAAAGUGAGUUUUGGUUAUGAGGAUUUCUUUUCUUUUUCAGUAAGCUCUGUAUUUGAGAAAUGGAAGACGAGGGGUGAAUUCUGAACAUGUCCUGAAUUGGUUUUUUUUUUUUAUUAUCCUUCCGUUUUCCUAGUUCAGGAAAGAAAGAAAACCUUGAUUGAUGCUUUGGGAGGAUCUUCUGACUUCUGUAGUAGAAGACUAGAAGUUUAAGAUUUCAGUCUGUUACUCGGAAAGAUGAGAAAACUUGACGUUAAAGGACUGAGAAUUGUGAUUUCCACAUGAGCUUUAUUGGAGGUGAAUUUAGUGAUUGAAAUUGGUUUGCUUAUACGUAAAUUACCCGAAAAUGCAGAGAGGAGGGAGAUUCUGGAUUCUGCUAAAAUUGUAAAGCAAGGUCCUGCCAAGCUUUUACUUAUUUACUGUUUAGAAUUGAAGUUUGCGUGGACGAAUUGUUGAAGUAAUCUCUCUAUCUUUGAUCCUGGAAGUCAGAGCAGCUUUAGUUAUCCUAUUUGGUCUUUCAGUCGAAGGAAUAUCCGUUUUACCAGAAGAAGAAAGAGAUAUUCCAUUCUUUUGUUGGAAUCCAUUGCUAUUGCUUUACCUCCUUAGAAAGCUUGCAGUCUGGAAUUGGAACUUGGUGUUGUUCUUCCUUCAGAGAUAUCUCCCUCCGCUUCUUCUCUUCAUCUUCUUCCACCUACUGAAAUUAAUUCUCAUAAUUUCAGGAUGAUGUUAGUGCAGUCGAUUUGGCUCAACACCAGGUGGUAAAGUUAAAUAGUCAUUCAAUAUGGCGAAAAGGUCACAAAAACGACGUCCUCGGCGUGAAAAAGACCAGUUGGGGUGUAUUUGGGGCUUGAUUAGUAUUUUUGACUUCCGCCAGGGUCAUUUCACUCUAAAACUGCUAUCUGAUAGGAGGCGUGGGAGCAGGAAUGCUUCUGAUGCUGGAUAUUCAAGGAAUAAACUUAACUUGCUGAAUGUUCCUGACAAAAAGUGUGGAGACACUGAUGAUGUUGACAAAAGUAAGAUACAUGAAGUUGAUAGUGAUAUGAAAAGUGUGAAGAAACACAUGGAAGAGCAGAUGUCAUAUGAGAAACACCAAAAUAAGCAGAUAACCAGUGCUUCAUUAGAACAAAUACAAUGUGAUUUAGGAGGCAAGGGUCACAAGGGGAAGAAUCAUAAACAGAGAAACAGUAGUUGCAACAAUGAUUGUGAUGUAAACAACACCCAUGAGUUGAAAGCUUCUACAAGCUUGGAACAUCAGCAGCCUUUUCACCCAGAUUCAGUGGAAGAAUCUCUAAACAACAUCAAUCUAGCUGCACUGAUGGAAGAGUUCUUUAGCCAGAUCCAUCAACAUCUGGAAAUACCUCUGCGGCAUGACAGUGAAAGAGAUCCUUUUGAUGUACAAAGAAAUACUCAAUGUGAGACUUGCAACCAGCUUGAUGGGAUCAACAUGCUGUUGAUUCAACAACAUUCUAUUCUCCAAGAAAAGCUGAAUGAAGCUACUAAGAGAUUUCUAAGCCAGAAAUCCAUUAAUGUUAAACAACUAACUGGAGAUAGGGAAAUCCACCAGUUCAAUCAAUUUAUUGAUGCCAUAGAAAUACUUAACACAAACAAGGAAUUAUUUCUAAAACUUCUACAGAAUCCAAACUCACUAUUUACAAAAUAUGUUCAAGAGCUACAGGAUUCACAGGCUGAGAAAGUUGAACAAACUGAACUAUUAGCAGAGGAGAAGUUGUCAGAAGAAGAAAUUAGUAACUCAAGUCGACGUGAAGAGCUUAUCCAUGGCAAAAAUAUUCAGAAACAGAAAAUGCAUAAUUUUUUCAGGAGGAAGAAGUCUCGAGUCAAAGACCCAUCAGUGGAAAGUGAAAGUCCUCAGGCUUCCAGUAAAAUAGUCAUUUUGAAGCCUACAACAGCCGUGCGAUAUUCUGAAACUCAUUGCGGCUACUCACCACAAUCUCAUUACAGCCUGAGAAAUGAAGAGCUGAGCAUGGAACUCACCUCACAUUUUUCUCUUAGAGAAAUAAAAAGAAGGUUAAAGCAUGCCAUGGGAGAAAGAAAGGAAGGAGAUGGAACUCCCAUGGUUGCUAUGAGACAUACCAUUCCUUACAAGAAUCAGCAUUCAAGUAGUGGUGGAAAAGAAACUACAACAGAGAUGUUUGGAAAGGGACUGCCAAGUAGUUCCCAUUUCCAUGUUGAAAAGUUUAUGAAACCCUCCACCAAUGUCAAGAAGGGCAAGCCAAAAGAUCAUGAAUUAAGAAAUGGACACAAGAAUGUUUCAAGUGGUAUUGGUAGCUAUGAAAAUUUAAACAUGGCAACCGCUGAAUAUUGCAAAGAAAGAGAAUCAAACAUCUACAGUGAGGCUAAGAAACAUCUUGUAGAUAUGUUCAUCACUGAAGAUGAAGAUGAGUAUUUGUCAAGCAGGCCAGUGACAAAAAAAUUGGGAAGGAUUCUCUCUCUGCCUGAAUAUAACUUGUCACCAAUAUUCAGUCCUGCUAGGGAUGGGGAAAAUAGCUCUGUAAAUGCACAGAUGAGGUCUUCCCAUUAUGACAAUGUUAGAGAUGGAAUUUGUCUAAGUCCAUUGAAGAAGAAUAUAGAAACUCCACCAUGCCCUGAUAACAGUAAACCUGACAGCCAAAUGAACGUCUCCAACUUAAAUCUGAAUGUGUCAGAGGAGAUUGAAAGCACCUGUACUGUUAAAGAAGUGCCAAGUCCAAAAGGUAAUUUGGUUAUUGUGGAAGUAGCCGAUACUUUAUCUGCAGAAAGCAAUGUCCUGGAUGAGCCCUCAGAGCUAAGUAGUAAUAAUCCCAACAGCAGGACCAACCAGAGAACUGACACAACCAAAAUCAAUGAGGAAGAAGUAUCUUCUGAAUGGUCAAGACCGGAAUCACCUAAAGAGAAUCAGUCGUCAACACCUCCAUUAAGUUCUCCAUUGUCAAGCUCUCUACUCAUUGAGAAAGUAGAUCUGGAAGGAAUCGACAAAAGAGUAGAACAGCCAAGUCCAGUAUCUGUUCUUGAUCCACUCUUAGAAGAUAUUAUCAGCCCUGCCAGCAUUCCAUCCCAGUUUGCUGAACCACCAAUUCAACCACUACAUAUUAAUUUUUGUGAAGACUCCUCAGCUCCAGUCUUAACAACUUAUGCUCCAGAAAUCAAUUCGAGGAGUUGCAUGGAAAACAAGAGGUCUAUUUUUAAGUAUGUAAGUGCAGUGUUGGAAGCAUCUGGGUUGAGCUCAUCAGGUGAAUUCUUGAGGGGAUGUCAUUCCUCAGACUACAUACUUGAGCCUUCCUUGUUCGACGAAGUAGAGGUGAUCACUUCCCAACUUUGUGGUGAUCGGAAGCUCCUCUUUGAUUGUAUUAAUGAAAUCCUUGUCGAGAUGUAUCAGUGCUAUUUUAGUUGCACCCCUUGGGUUUCAUUUGUCAAACCCAACACCCGUCCAGUGCCUGUGGGGAAACAUAUCAUCGACGAAGUAUGGGAAGGCAUGGAUUGGCAUAUCCAACCACAGCUGCCACAACAAACACUGGACCAGAUUGUUGGAAAGGACAUGGCUAAAUCAGGAGCAUGGAUGGACCUCAAACUUGACACAGAGAAUAUUGGUUCCGAAAUGGGAGAAGCCAUUCUAGAAGAUUUGAUGGAGGAAACCAUAUCUGAGUUGUGGACGUGAAAUCUGAAUGUUGGAGACUAUUUUCUAUGCUUUCGUUCAGUGGGAAACAGCAGGGAACAAGGAAACAACUUGUAGAAGUGGAACACAACUUCUGGAAUUUGGAUCCUUUCCAAUCUCUGGUCUGCUUCAUGGCUAUUAUCCCCUGAAAAAUGUGACAAUACAUCAGACCGGUCCCUUCACAGUUGAAUUCGACUUUCUUCUGACCAUGGCCAUCAGUUUGGAGUUCUCUUCUGGAUUGUUACCAUUUUUUCCAACUAUCCAUGAGAACGCAGUAGGUCUGAUCUUACAAUCUUUCAGUUUGAUUGACUUUGUAGCAUAAGAUGCAAUCUUUGCGUCUUUGUAGGAGGUGAAGAGUGUGGUUUGAAGGUGUUGGUUGACGAUAGAUCGUUUCAGUUGGUAACGAACUGUUUUUCUUUUGCUAAUUCUUUGAUUCUCUCUUUUCUUUUUAUCCUGAAGAUUGGUUCUGUUGUUUUUGGUUACAGUUGGUUUAUGUUCAACCCAAGUUUGGGAGCCUUGUAAUUAUAUAGCUAAACGAGAAAAACAUAAAGGUUACAUCCGAGUGGGUUUUCUCUGA